UGAAUUCAUAAUCGACACAACAAAAUUUAAAAAUGGCACACCUAUCUUCUACUAUCAUUAUUGUUUGCUUGUUGUGCAUCACUAGCCUGCCCUUAUUUGCAUCUCAGAUACCAAAUAAAAAUAGUCUACAAAUAUACAUUGUCCAUGUUGAGGCACCUGAUGCACAUGUUGCUUCUGAAUCGGAAGAUUUGGAGAGCUGGUACCGCUCUUUUCUUCCGGCUACCACAACAAGCUCGAGUGAAGAUGAGGCGCAUCUCGUUUACUCGUACCGCCACGUGUUCAAUGGAUUUGCUGCUAGGCUUUCACCCGACCAGGUGAAAGAAAUGGAGAAGAAGAAGGGAUUCAUCUCCGCACGGCCUCAGAUGUCGGUGUCCCUGCAUACAACACAUUCUCCCAAUUUCUUGGGGUUGCACCAGAAUAUGGGGUUGUGGGAAGACUCUAAUUAUGGUAAAGGUGUGAUUAUUGGCGUGCUGGACACCGGACUGAUGCCUGAGCAUCCUUCCUUCAGCGACGAAGGAAUGCCACCUCCACCAGCUAAGUGGAAGGGCGGGUGUCAAUUCAGCCACACAACCUGCAACAACAAAAUCAUUGGAGCAAGGUACUUUAAUGCCGAGGACCAGAGCCCCCUUGACGACGAUGGCCAUGGAACUCACACUGCGGGCACUGCUGCUGGACGCUUUGUGCAAGGCGCAAAUCUUUUUGGCAGGGCUAAUGGCACUGCUGCUGGCGUUGCACCACUUGCUCAUUUAGCCAUAUACAAAGUGCUAACGGAUAACUCUGGAGGAGAAGCAGCUUUCGUUGCUGGAAUGGAUGCAGCAAUUGAAGAUGGAGUCGACGUGUUGUCGAUAUCUAUAGGCUUUCAAGAUACAACACUGAUAAAAAACUUGUAUCAAGAUUUUUUUGCAGUUGGCGCAUUCAGUGCGAUGCAGAAGGGUAUCUUCGUUAGCUUCUCCGCUGGAAACAGCGGUCCUUUUCCCUCAUCUGCAGGACACGGGGCACCUUGGGUUCUGACGGUUGGAGCAAGCACGUUGGACAGAAAAUUGAGUUCAAAAGCAGUGCUAGGAAACAAUCAAGAGGUGGAUGGUGAAUCAGUUUAUGACUUUCCACGAAAGCCCUUCCCGCUUGUCUAUGCACUCGACUGCAGGGGAAACAACAUACGAGGUAAGAUAGUUGUGUGUGAGGAUGACAGAACAGAAGAAAUUCCAAGUGGCGUUGCCGGCGUGAUUCUCAUAAACAAUGAGACAGAUGGAAACACCAUUCAAGUUGCAGCCAUCGGUGUUCCAACAACACAUUUCAGCUAUGCCGCGGGAUUGAAGAUCAAAGCUUACAUAAGUUCAACGGCAACACCCACCGCCACUAUUUCUUCCCAAGGUACUGUGAUUGGUGAUGAGCGUGCACCAGUCGUCGCUUCAUUUUCUUCCAGGGGUCCUAGCAUACCAACCCCUGGAAUCUUGAAACCCGACAUUUUAGGCCCUGGAGUCAAUAUUCUGGCAGCAUCACAUGACACUUCCAUCGAAUGGACAAUAAAAUCUGGUACCUCAAUGGCGUGCCCGCACCUGAGCGGUGUGGCGGCUCUGCUCAAGAGCGUGCAUCCUGAUUGGUCUCCAGCUGCAAUCAAGUCCGCCAUUAUGACCACUGCAGACGAUGUGAACCUCGCUGGUAAUCCAAUUGAGGACGAGAGGUUCCUCCCGGCCAACAUCUUUGCCACGGGAUCAGGUCAUGUGAAUCCAUCAAGAGCUAAAGAUCCCGGACUUGUCUACGACAUCCAGCCCCAAGAUUACCUUCCUUACGUGUGCGGUCUCAACUACACGGACAGCCAAGUGGAGGUGAUACUACAUAGGAAGGUGAAUUGCGCUGUCGAAUCGAAGAUAGCGGAAGCAGAGCUAAACUAUCCUUCAUUCUCUAUCAUUUUCAGUGGCAGAUCAACUUCCCAGGUUUACACCAGGACCGUCACAAACGUAGGCGACCCUGACUCGUCAUACGAGGUCGAGAUUUCCCCACCUACCGGAGUUGAUGUUCGUGUGGAGCCCACCACGCUCAAGUUCUCCGAGACAAAGCAGAAACUGCAGUACAAGGUUACAUUCAGCCAACUCACUUCUGCUCCGAAUACCAAUUUCGUCCAAGGAUUCUUGAAAUGGACCUCUCCCAGCCGUUCUGUUCGGAGCCCUAUUGCAGUUAUACUGUCUUAAACUACCGCUGUCAUGACCGUCGGCCUGGCGAUGGUAACCGCUCAAUCACGUCGCCAAGCCACUCUGCGCCAGCUAUCUCCAAGAUUACGCAUGAGUCCAAUUGAGUCCUUAUUUAUUAGCUUUAUUUAAGUUAAUUGUCUUGUUUCUAGUCAAGUUGAAUUGUAAGUUUCAUUUUGAGUUUUCUUCGUCUGUUCUUUCCCAAAAUGUAAAAAUAAGUUGAGCAGCAUAGGAUUUAGAUUAUUAUAAAUAGGGUAAUUGUAUUUUCACAUUACUAAUGAUCAUAUGCUAUAAUAUUUAGUUGAA